AUGGAAAAACUUGUUAAUUUUAAAUUUGUGCCAGGAAAAGUGGCCGCCAUUUCGGGGGAUGAGAUGGAGGAACAGUCACAUAAAACCGUCCAUUUGCUUUGCUCACCCUGUAAACGUAAGGAAAUGAAUAAAAAAGCGGACACAUAUUGCACAGAUUGUCAAGAUUAUUACUGUUCGGCUUGUGUAAAAUUUAAUGAGGAUAUUCCAGCCCUCUCUGGACAUAAAAUUCUAGAUAAAGAUACAGGAGAAGUUGAGACAUCUGUGCUUCCUAACCAAACUGCUCGAUCACAGUGGGUACAAAAACAGUUAGAUUUUGUAGAUAAAAAUUACCUUGACGGAAUCAACUUUGAUUACGAGCGUGCAAUAUUAUAUAAUCAGACUCAACUUCGCAAUGGAUACACAGGUCUUGUAAUGGAAACAAGACAAGCUUUUCGAGAAAAGUUCCUAUCAUCUAUGUUAAUGACAUUGAAAGCCUUGUUUAACUUGUUUUCUUGUCUCUUUCUUGACUUUAAGAUUAGUGUUGAUGUGGCGUGGUCUCCUGCCGGAAUAGAUUCACGUUUCUAUGACUAUGUUAAACUAUCAAAAGCUUCUGACUAUUUCUUUGUUAUGGCAUACGACGAGCAAAGCCAAAUACUUGGUGAAUGUAUUGCUUAUGCCAAUAGCGGGUUGGAAAGAACAAUGUCAGGCGUUAUGGAAUACUUAGAAAUUGGAAUAUCGUCUGACAAGCUCAUUCUUGGAGUGCCUUGGUACGGCUACUAUUACCCAUGCUUGACACAACAUUCUGCAUGUGUAAUGAUAUUUCAGGAUGACAAAUGCUAUUUAAAGAAGGUUCCAUUUCGUGGUGUUAAUUGCAGUGAUGCAGCGGGACGUCAACUGAAUUACUACACUAUAAUACAGCUACUAAAAAACUCUACAAGUGGACGUGUAUUUGAAAAAUCUACAAUGACACCUUACUUUAAUUACAAGAAUAUUUCGUCAGGCAUUAUGCAUCAGAUACGUUAUGACGAUCCACAAAGUUUAGGAUAUAAAUAUACGUUUGCAAUAGAUGAAAACUUACGAGGUGUAGGGAUAUGGAACACGGAGUGUGUGAAUUACACAAGCGGAAAACAUGACGACAUCAUUGCUGUAAAAGAAAUGUGGGACGCCCUACCAGAAUACGAAAAAUAACACCAGCAGACAAUUAUUAUGUGUACUGAAAUAAUCAUCAAUGAACUUAAAACAACAUUUUGACAUUGUUAUUGACUGAAUUAAAAAAUAUUGAUAAUUUGUUAAUAGAUGUUCGUAAAACUGUUUAUCAAUUGAUCAACCGAUAUUUAUUAUGAUGUUUGGUCUAUAUAUCACCA